AGUGUAAAAUAACCCCAGUAUGACAUUCCUGGAAGAUAGAGAUUUAACAGACGUUCCAAGGAUCCCGGAAUAUUACGCCGGGAAAACCAUUUUUAUGACUGGUGGCACAGGUUUCAUGGGAAAAGUGUUAUUGGAAAAGCUCAUCUAUUCGUGCCCAGAUUUAGAUAGAAUAUAUUUAUUGCUGAGACCAAAAAAAGGAGUGAAGCCUGCUGACAGGCUGUCUACAAUUUACGCGUCUAAUUGUUUUGACCGACUUCGCAAUGAGAGACCGGGCGUUUUUGAGUCCAAAACAUGUUACGUAGAAGGAGAUUGCAGUGAAAUAGGGCUAGGUUUGUCUGACGAAGAUCGAUCACUCAUUAUAAGCAGAACACACAUAAUAUAUCAUGCAGCUGCUAGCGUGAGAUUUGAUGACUCAUUGAAAAUGUCACUGAAACUCAAUCUACGAGGCACCAGAGAGGUCAUUGAUUUAGCACAACAACUAAGACAUUUGGAGUGCUUUGUCCACGUGUCGACAUCCUACGCCAACAUCAACUGCGACCCCAUAGAGGAGGUCAUGUACCCCCCUCACGCUGACUGGAGAGAGGUGCUGGAGAUAUGUGAGAACAUUGACGACCAUACUCUGAACGUUCUGACACCCAAAUAUAUAGGAGCGUUGCCCAACACGUACGUAUUUUCUAAACAGUUGGCCGAACACCUGGUUUAUGAACAGAAAGGAAAACUACCCGUUAUUAUUAUAAGACCAUCCGUAGUGGUGGCAAGUGUCAAUGAACCAGUCCCUGGAUGGAUUGAAAACUUCAAUGGACCAAUCAGUCUGGUGAUUGCCAGUGGAAAAGGAAUACUCCGCACUAUAUACGGAGACCCUGACGUAGCUCCAGACUUCAUUCCUGUUGACGUGGUCAUCAGAGGUGUCGUAGCAGCGUCCUGGGUCAGAGGAACCAAACAAUUGGAGCCCACAGAUGACAUACCAAUCUACAACACCUGCAACGGUUCCAAAUGUUACAGUGUAUCGCACAAAGAACUCUUUACACUCGGCAAAAUAAUUAUCGCAUCGCACCCAUUGGAUGACAUGCUAUGGACUACCGGUGGAACAUUUACUACUAAUAAAACUGUUUACUUUACAAAGAUGCUAUUACUUCAUGUACUACCUGCAAUUCUAGUUGAUACUUUGCUAUGGAUAUUUGGAAGAAAGACAAUGCUACUCAAGAUCCAACGCCGCAUAUACUCCGCAAAUCUCGCUCUUCAACUGUUCCUCACCAAGGUCUGGACCAUUUCCAACAAGAAUUACCUUUUCCUUCGGACGAAGAUAAAAGAAGAAGACAAUGAACACUUCUACUAUGUCAUGGAAGAUGUUGAAAGAUAUGAAUAUUGUAAAAACGCUAUAAUUGGUGCGAGAAGAUACUUGUUAAAGGAGAGGGAUGAAGAUAUACCCAAAGCCAGAGCUCAUCAUAAAAGAAUUGCGUUAUUAGACCAAUUGGUGCAAUGUCUUUUCUACAGCUACAUAUUUUGGAGUCUCAUACAUACUGAUUUUGUUCGCAGCCUGUUUGAGAAAUACACAUUAAAUUUUUGCUCACAUUUAUAUAAGCUCUAAUAUGUUCAACAGUUAUACUGAAUUAUUCAAUAUUUUAUUAAGCUUUUGUGUAAGAGCCACGCAGAAAUAGGCCCAAAAAGUAAAAAUAAGUAUUUUUAUCAAACCAACUUUUUUUUUUAAUUUUUAGAACAACAACUGGUUCUUUGACUCCUACAAGUUAUAUGUAUUUAUUUUUUACCAUGUUGUAUUGGUUGAAAAUGUCAAAAAAAACACAUUUUUUUUAAUUCAUAAAAUAUUUUAUUUUCAUUAAAAACCAGUAACUAGUAACAGAGUAAAAAGUAAUUACUGUACACCACACAAAAUUAUUGAAAAAUGGUUAUUGUUAUAAAAUAACUUUCAAUACUUUUAAUGUAUUACCAAAUAUACAAUAUUGUAAGAACAUCGAACCCUUAUUUUCUUAGCACAAGUCAUUUUGAUUCAAUAUAUAUUCAUUAUAUUUUAAAUUGUGAAUAAUUUAAAAUGUAAAUAUUGCAAAUUCUUUGAAAUUUUGACCAUAUUGAAAUAUAUGUUCAAAUACAAAAUGAAAUAUUGUAAAAAUUUUAAAGAUUUUGGUUUACAAAGGCAAAUAGGUGUUCGUAUAGUUAAUCGUUUUUCUUACUGUUUGUUUUAAUUAAAACUAAUAUAUUAUUAUCUAGGUAUGAAGUAAAUUUAUUUGUACAGGUAGAUAUUGGUAUUUUAUAAUUAAAUCAGAUUGUCAAAUU